AUGGGAGGCGGUGUAGCGAUAUACUGCCGAGACAACCUGCCGUUCACUGUUUUAAACACCCAAGAUAGUAUUAAUGAAUGUUUGUGGAUUAAGCUCAACCGGAUAAAUUGCAAACCAUUUAUUGUGGGCUGUGUCUAUAGGCCCCCCUGCCAACCCGUUGAUGAGUUUUUGGACGGUUUCAAUAACUCUUUAUCAGAAUUUGAUUCUUCGUUUGAUAAAGUUAUUCUUCGUGACUUCAACAUUGACUUUACACCGGGCAGAACAAAUGCUAAUAUUGGCAUGAAGCGUAAACUAGCCCGGCUAGUAAACAAUCAUGAAUUGAAACAAGUCAUUAGUACCCCAACACGCAUCACUGAACAUACCUCAACUACAAUUGAUCUGGUAUUCACUAAUAUUUCACACAAAGCAAUUGAAAUUGGCGUCUCGAAUCCCAGUCUAAGUGAUCAUUCACUGGUGUGCUGUGUGUUUAAAUCUGGUUCAAUUCGUUCUAAACCUAAAAUAGUCGAAUCACGUUCCUUUAAAAACUAUGACAAACAAGUUUAUUAUACAGAUCUUAAGCUGGUGCCAUGGCAUACUGUUUUCAACAACACUGAUAAUAUAGAUGACUGUGUUGAAAUUUGGAAUAAACUCUUUUUAAAUAUUGUUAAUACACAUGCCCCAAUUAAAUCCUAUAAAUUAAGAGGGGUCAUGAGUCCUUGGAUGAACAAACAAAUUUUAGAUCUUAUGCGACAACGCGACUAUCAUCUAAAGAAAUCGGAAAGGUCUAAAAACAGUCAUGAAUGGGCUCUUUAUAAGCAGUUACGAAAUAAAGUGAAUACGUUAAUAAAGAAUUCUAAAUCUGAAUAUUAUACUAAUCUUAUUCAGAACUGCAAAGGGAAUCCCAACGAUUUUUGGCGAGAACUUAAGAAAUCCUUGCCGGCGUCCAAGUAUUUGACUGAUAUCAGCAACAUUGAAAUAGACGGAGUAAGUUUUACAUCAGCCAUAACUAUUGCAUCUGCCUUAAACUCGUUCUUUGUUAGCAUUGGGGAGAAACUUGCUGAGAAAUUCAAUCCUACAUCCAGUGCCAGAAAUGGUCCAACUCCUUCUGGUUUCACUUUCAGUUUUGAGUCUGUUACCGAGCAGUUUGUCUUAAAUGCGAUCAACCAGUUGAAAGCAAAGAAAUCUUGUGGCCUAGAUAAAAUUAAUGCUCGUUUGGUAAAGGAUGCUGCUGAUGUUAUAACUCCCUCCAUAACAAAAAUAAUUAAUAUUUCAUUAACUACGGCAAAAUUUCCAUCUGCCUGGAAAAACGCGAAAGUGAUACCAGUGUUCAAACAUGGUCCAAAAUCAAAUCCAACAAAUUACCGGCCGAUAAGCAUUCUACCUGUAUUGAGUAAGAUAUUGGAAAAAGCGGUAUAUACCCAAUUUAAUUACUUCCUUAAUAACCACCAUCUUAUCUCACCAAAGCAGUAUGGAUUUAGAUUAAAAUCAUCAACAAUUACAGCAGUAGCCAUGUUUACUGACAAAAUCUUACAAUCUAUGGAUAAUGGCAAAGUAACUGGAACAGUCUUCUUAGAUCUCAAAAAGGCAUUUGACACUGUGAAUCAUAACAUCCUGAUCAGCAAGAUACGUGCAUUGGGUGCCGACGAUAAUGCUUGUUUGUGGUUCACUUCCUUCCUCUCCAACAGAACCCAAGUGACCUGUUGUAAUAAUGCUAAAUCUGAUCCUGCCUCUAUCUCCAUUGGUGUUGCCCAAGGAUCAAUCUUAGGUCCCCUUUUGUUUAUCGUAUACGUGAACGAUUUGCCAAAAUGCUUAAAGUUUUGUGAUGUAACUCUUUAUGCAGAUGAUACCGUUCUGUCGUUUGCAUCAUCUUCGACUGAUGAAAUUCAAAGGAAAAUGAAUUCCGAUUUAAAUUGCAUCCAUAAUUGGCUUCUGGAUAUAAACUUUGAAUGUUGA